GAUGAUUCUUCUCGUUUCCGCGCGUAGCUAGUCAAUUGUUGUUUUGCAUAUGAUAUCUCGGGCCGCCGACAAAUUCGCCCAGCGACCGAACGCUCGCACCUUCCGCGGCAGAUGGCUGAGGCUAUCGCUGUUUCGUCAUCCUCAAUCGUGCUGAGAUCACCCGAGACGGCUCCGAUCGACGUCAAGGCCGCUAAGCAGGCGUCAUCUGCAUCAGGUUCCGCGAAGAAGAAGACAACCAAAACCUCCGAUACUUCUGGCGUCACCAAGAGGAAGCAGUCCAAGAGCCGUAAUGGAUGCGUUUCCUGUAAAGCAAAGCGCUUGAAAUGUGACGAAAGGCACCCUUCGUGCAAGCAAUGCGAGAGACGUGCAAUAACAUGCGGCGGUUACGCCAAAGACUACAAAUGGAAGCACUACGAAGAGUUGAACACUGCAAGCAAACCGUCCAUCAAUUCACGUCAAGGUCAUUCUUGCUACGGAUAUACUGAUACGCGUCUGACCGGCUCAACCCCGGUCUCCCAAUUACCAACAGCUGUGUCUUCGCAAUUCCAACGGCAGUCCGAUCUCCAAGACUACCAACGCACCUUCGGUGGCCCGCCCCACCAUGAGGUAUACUAUCCGCCGCCUCAACACUCAUACCCUUUCAUGCAUGAUCCGCCUAUACAACCAACCUUUUCGAACCCUCCCUUGGCACCUAUGGGAAACUUGUUCACUGUCCCGACGACAUCGCCAUUCCUCAUCUCUCAGUCAAUAUCACCAGUGGAGUCGUAUGCGCCAGGUCCUUUCGAGCCAUUUGGCAUCAUUCAAGCCGAAAGUACGACUACUGUGCGGACCAACACGAACUCUGACUCAAGUCUUUCGUCAGGCCAGUCUCCCCGAAUAGUGGACCUCCUAAUCCCAGGAACAGAUCUGAAUGUGCCACCGGAGGAGUACUCUUCCUUCGUAUCUCAGCAUGAGGCUUUCUACCAGCCCUCUGGUUUGACGCCGCCAGCGCCAUUGGAUGACGAUGUUGAUGAAGAAGUUGUACGCGAUAAGAUUGACGAGUCUGCAGCUUGUGUGAUGUGGCUGCCAUCGCCCGCGACACCAAGCUCGUCCGGCUCUUCCUCGCAUUCUCCCGACUUCAAGAUCCCGGCCCAGUUGCAUUUAUCUAUGACAUCGGCGGAGUCACUCACACGGCGUUAUCAUAGAGACACGUGCGGCGUACUGUCAGUGAAGGACGGGCCUACAGAGAACCCGUGGCGGACCCUCAUCUGGCCUCUCACAAGGGACUGUCCAGCACUCUAUCAUGCCAUCGCAUCGAUGACCUCCUUCCAUCAGGCAAGAGAUAUGCCUACCUUGCGCAUUCAGGGUAUAGAUCAUAUGCGGAGCGCCGUACAUGCAUUAGCUGCUGGACUCCAAAACAUGCGUGUCGAUGCAGCUAUCUCGACCACACUUGUUCUGGCCUUUGCCGAAUCUUGGGAUCAGCAUAUCAGUACCGGUAUCAACCACAUCAAAGGAGCUAAGAUCUUGAUCAAUCAAGCACUUGUGAACCACCGUCUUAUGCCAAAGCAAGGCGAAGAAUGGGCUCGGCUAAAGUUUCUUUGCAACACUUGGAUUUACAUGGACGUUCUUGCUCGCCUUACAUCUGCCGACGAAGACGACGCAUACGAUGUCGACAAUGUGAGAGAAAGCAUAUAUGCUGCCGGAGACACCGACUCUGCUCUUGACCCAUUGAUGGGUUGCGCGCACACGCUCUUUCCCAUCAUUGGCCGGGUGGCCAAUCUGGUAAGGAAGGUACGGAGAUCUGAUAGCAACGGGCCCACUAUCAUAUCACAAGCAGUGCAGUUAAAAUCCCAACUCGAAGAAUGGACCCCGCCUUCUCACAUCGAAGAACCAGAAGAUGAAACAACAAGUCCGCAAGAUGCCAUCAAGACUGCGAUCGCUUACCAAUACGCAACAUUGCUGUAUCUUCACCAAGCCGUGCCGGAGGUUCCAUCUCAGCCACCUCGCGUGCUCGCAAACAAAGUACUGUGCACCCUGGCUACCGUUCAUCCACGCUCGCGUUCGAUUAUCGUGCAUAUUUACCCUCUAAUGGCCGCUGGCUGCGAAAUGACUAAGCCAGAUGAUAGGGAAUGGGUCAAAGACCGCUGGUCUCUGAUGUCUACCAGAAUGAAAUUGGGGAUCAUAGAACGAUGUUUGGAAGUCACGAAAGAGGUCUGGAAUCGGCGCGACAAUCAUGUGCUUGAGCGUACAACCAUGAAUAUGGAGAACUUGCGCAGCGACAGCUUCUCAUCAGACGCAUCCAUAACAUGCGAGAACGACGCCUAUUCUGAUGAUUACGACGUCGAUCGCGAUUUCGGCUCACGAGAGACACCAUGCGGGAUAUCGGUACCGUCUGGUACUUUAGACCCCCAGGAUUCGGGAGUCACGGUCAAAAGUCGCUUGCAUUGGUUGAGUGUCAUGAAAGAAUGGGAAUGGGAGGUCCUCCUCGGUUGAACCCUGACCAGGCCUUCAACUACGUUUCUGCAUUCAUCAGCCUUUCCAGCAGAUAUUACGCAUGCCAUUCUCUCUUCGGUGGCUUAAAGUUUGCAUUUCAAGGUCGGGUUUGCUUCGUAAUGCCUGUUUUAGGAGUUGGCGUUGCGAGGUACAAGGAGCGAAACUAGCCAUAUCGCUCAACAAUAUCCAGAAUUAGGCUCAAACCUCAUUCAAUGACAAACCAAAAGGUACAAUCGGAUGACUCAAAUCUUACGCUCCAGCAAGGCAUUGAGGUACUCAAAGCUUCCAGCAUAUUGC